AUGGGAAAAGAUUAUAAAGAUGAAGAAAAUGAAAAUGAAAUGAAAGAAGUAAAUUUAAAUAAAAAAACUGGUGAUGAUGGAUCAUUAGAUUACAUAGCACCAUACCAACCCCCAAAUUUUUACCCGACAGGAUCAUCAUCUUUAUCAACAACUGAAGCCAAUGCUAACAAUAACAACAAUAAUUAUAGCUCAUAUUACCCAAAUAAUAGUCAAACAACAACAUCAACAAACUCUAAUCACGAUCCUAAUGUAAAUUAUUAUUAUGGUACAAAUAAUGUAAAUCCAAUUGAUUUAUCAAAGAAUUCAGAUAAUACCACAUACGUUCAAUCAUCACCCCCACCAGUAAUUAUUUAUUCAACAUCCACAACAAGCUACAGUGAUUCCACAACCAAUAGAACGACAUCCACCACUCAUAACAACAAUCGUAAUCAUGAAAAAGACUUAAGAAGAAAAAGAAUUUGCUUUUCAUUCAUACCUUUAUUGACAAUUAUAAUUAUAUUGGUAUUGGUAUUUACUUUUAGAUAUAUUUAA